ACUUUCAUAUUCAAAGAGCAAUUUUUUUCUCAUAAGUCAGUAGUCGAAUUGAUUCGCUAGCUAUAAUAUUGAGAGUUGAGACAUCUCAUUAACUCAAAACGAGAUAGUUCACGAGUUGAACUCAACAAGCCACUAAGUCGAGUUGGCUCGCAAACCUCAUAAGCUGAACAAGACUUUGCUUAAACCCGGCUAGUUAAUAAACAAGUUCAAACUUUUGUCGAAUCAAGUUUCGAGCCACUUCUCAACAUCUCAACUCAUUAGCAGCCCUAAGUCCAUAUGAGAGCUAUAACGUGACAAGCGAAGUCUUUGGGUGCUAAAUGGGAAGUGAACUAAAAUUUGAUGCUGAAAUUUUGAAUUUUAAUAAAAUUGAACUGAAAGUAUGACAAAUAAUUGUAAGUUCUUCUGAGACUUGGAGGCGCCGGCUUCCAAUUCUCCUAAACCCUAUAACCUCUGCCUGUGUCCUGCUGUGGCGCGGAAAAUAUUCAACAAAAAAAAAAGGGACAACAGUGGGAGGAAACGGCGAAGGAGGAGAUGGGAACCGGACGGGGAUUCAGCGGCGGCGGCGGAAGCGGAGGGAGAAACCAGAGAAUACUCAGACAACAGGUUGAAUCGUGUAGGAGGAAAUGCUCCACCGCCGACGACAUCGUCCACCAUCUCCGGCAGCAGUACCCCAACUACCGCCGCACGAAGCAGCGAGACCUAGCUAGACUCGUCCACCAAGUCAUCGACUCUCCGUCGUCGCCAUCCCCUGGCCGGCCUAGAGGAUUCGACAAACAGCCUGCGGAAGACGAGGAAGGCGAUUACGACGAAGGGAGUGCUUCCGCCAGUGGCAGAAAGAGGAAGAAGAAGAAGAUUAGGGUUGACGUGAGCGAUCAAGAGCGGCAGUCGCCGUCAGAGUCGGAGUCCCAAUCGACGCCGUCGUCUAUGUCGGAGGACGGAGUUUAUGGGGAGCCAGUGGAGCCUGAGUUCGAUCUGAUGAGAUCGAUGCUGCGACACAGUUACGCUCCGGAGAAGAACAUUGAGGUUGAGGUAGCCAGUAGUUCUAAAGACAAGAUUGCGGUGGCCAAUGGAGGUAAAGGGAAAAGAGCAAGAGGGGGGAACCUUGGGGCGAAAGCUCUAAGCAGGGAUAAUAUGGAGGUGAAAGGACAGGAAGGGCCGAGUUUCAAGGAUUUCGGUGGAUUGAAGAAAGUGUUGGAGGAUUUGGAGACUGAGGUGUUGAUGCCACUCUUCCAUCCCCAUUUGAUGCGACGCCUUGGUGUGAAGCCAAUAAGUGGGGUUCUGCUCCAUGGUCCGCCAGGUUGUGGAAAGACUAAGCUGGCUCAUGCCAUUGCCAAUGAGACUGGAGUCCCAUUCUUCAAGAUUUCAGCUACGGAGGCUGUCUCUGGUGUGUCAGGUGCAUCGGAGGAAUAUAUUCGAGAUCUUUUCUCUAAAGCAUAUAGGUCUGCACCAUCGAUCAUUUUCAUUGAUGAGAUCGAUGCAAUUGGUUCGAAAAGGGAAAAUCUACAGAGAGAGAUGGAGCGGAGAAUCGUGACUCAGUUGAUGACUUGCAUGGACGAAUACCAUAAACUUGUGCAACCAGCUGAUGAUAAUUCGAAGCCAGAAAGCUCAGAACAGAGAGCUGGCUAUGUUCUGGUAAUUGGAGCUACCAAUAGGCCUGAUGCCAUUGAUUCUGCACUAAGAAGGCCUGGAAGAUUUGAUCGGGAGAUUAUGUUAGGGGUUCCAGAUGAGGAUGCCAGGGUUCACAUUCUUUCCGUGCUUACCAAAAAGUGCACUCUCGAGGGCUCAUUGGAUCUUUUGCAAAUAGCUAGGCUUACUCCAGGCUUUGUGGGAGCUGAUUUAGAUGCUCUAGUUAGCAAAGCAGGCAACCUUGCCUUGAGAAGAAUCUCCGCACUGAGGAAAUCUGCGAUAUUAUCUGAAGAACCUAGUGGUGGGCAAAUUGAGGAAUGGUGGAGAAUGCCUUGGUCGGAGCAGGAGAUGGAAAAGUUUGCCAUCACAAUGUGUGAUUUCGAGCUUGCAGCUAAGAUGGUUCAACCUUCAUUGACAAGAGAGGGAUUCUCUUCUGUUCCAAAUGUAACAUGGGAUGAAGUUGGAGGACUUGAUAACGUCAGGAAUGAGUUGAAGAAUUAUGUAGUCCAGUCCAUUAAAAAUCCAAAACUGUAUCAGCAUUUUGGAGUGUCAUCAAAGACAGGAAUUUUGCUUUUCGGUCCUCCAGGUUGUGGUAAGACAUUAAUGGCCAAGGCUGCUGCUAAUGAAGCAGAGGCUAACUUCAUUCACGUCAAGGGUCCUGAGCUUCUUAAUAAGUAUGUUGGAGAAAGUGAGCUGGAAGUUCGAAAGCUAUUUGCCCGUGCAAGGCAUUGCUCACCAUGUAUUAUCUUCUUUGAUGAGGUGGAUGCCUUGACAACAACCCGUGGAAGGGAAGGUGGGUGGGUUGUGGAGCGGCCUCUAAAUCAGUUGCUUAUAGAGUUAGAUGGUGCAGAUCAGCGCCAAGGUGUUUUUGUGAUCGGUGCAACUAAUAGACCUGAGGUUAUAGACCCUGCUAUCUUGAGGCCCGGCAGAUUGGGCAACCAUGUCUUGGUUCCUCUGCCAAGUGCAGAGGAUCGUGGGCUAAUCUUGAAGGCUCUUGCUAGGGGGAAACCUAUUGAUCCAAGCAUAGACUUAACAGAAAUUGGGAAGAGGAAAGCUUGUGAAAGAUUAAGCGGAGCGGAUCUCAAUAAGCUGAUGGAGGAUGCUGCGAUGAUUGCUCUUAAGGAGGCUACGAGAAGCGGGAAUCCAGAUGAGGAGAAGAUGCUCCUCUGCACAAUCCAACCGAGUCAUUUCGAUCAGGCACUGGAGAAGAUCUCUCCAUCUGUGACGGACAGGCAAGUGAAUUUCUACGAUGCAUGGUCGAAACAAUGCAGGGGAGCAUCAUAGCUUCGACGGCUGCUCUACUUAUAUUUGCUCAUUUGGUAUAGUCGAUGAUAAACCCUUGUUAAGAUAUGUGAGAUGCGUGAGUUCCAAGAAAACGUCUCGAUAACCUUUCGAUGAAGUGCCCGUAUUGAGCUACAUUGCAAUUUUGGUUGAUUUAUUGAGCCAUGCUUCUACCAUGGCCUGUGUAGCUCGAACAGAACAUAUCAGUAGGCCGACUCCAUGUCUCUCUGUGGUUGUGACCUUGCUUUUCGUGAUGACCUGUGUUAUUGAUCACCUGGGAUUCGGGGACCUCUAAUAGCGUCAUGCAUAAUCACUACUGAAGACUAGCAUUACUGUUAUUCAUUGUGCGUCACCACUCACCACGUAUAGUUACUUCGUGCGUUAAAUUUGUGAUGCAGCGUAUAGUGAAAUUUUCGUACGAUCGAGGUGAAAAAGUUCGAACUUCCUACUCAAAGUCUAGCAUCUGGUGGAUGGCUACAAGCCUACAACUAAGCCAGGACAGGAACAUGAAGCAAAAAGGACAGAUGAUGAAGAAAGAAAGCAAGCAAUCUAAAAGGAAGAGAAAAGAGAGCACUCUUUUCUGUCUCUCUGUAGGCCAAGAGGAAAAGGAAUAUUAAAAGAGGGAAAAGGCAGAGAAGAGAUAAAUGAAUGGAUGGAUAGAUUUUGGAAGUGGUGAAAUCUUCCGAUUACUGGAGUGCGAGUUUUCUGGACUUAAAAGAGGAAAGGAAAUCAAACAGAGAUUGAGGGUUCAAUUGUAUUAAUUAUGCGUUACUUGAAAGACUGAUACCAAUGUUUUAGAAAUCCUUCCCUAUAGGUUGGUAGGAUCGGAAAUAUCAAAUACCGAACUAACCUUUUCGUUAUAACUUUCGGUACGAUUUCUCAAUUAUUAUUGCUGGAAACAAAUCAAACAGAGAUGAGUUCAUAUGCGCCAGCAAGCUGGAGACUUAUCAUUGUACUGUAGAAUGUGGAUUGAAUUGAUAUGUAUACACGCAUGAAUAAAGAGGUAUUCUAAGGUCUCCCCCUUCUAUCUCUCUCUCAUUAUGCUGUCUCUCUUCUUUUUACCCUAUUAUUCAAUGGCUCAAAUUGACAUCAUUCAUACAGGUCAAGAUGAUUGUGGUGUCCUUUUCAUUUUGCUCUGUCGUUUUCCCUUUCCUCUUAGUCCUGGAACUUAGGGGUGGCAGUUCGGUUACCGGUUAUCGGUUAACCGACCAGUUAAACUAAUAACCGGUCGGUUAUUCACUCAUCGGUAACCGAAAUAACCGAACUUCGGUCGGUUAUCGGAGGCUAGACGAAAUGGUUUUUGGUCUUAAAAGUGGGUCGGUUAACCGAUAACCGAGAUAACCAAAAAACUGAAGCCUAUUUCGGGCAGUUUUCGAUAGGAGAAGUGGUUAUUUCGGUUAACCGAUAACCGGCCGAUCAGUUAUCGGUUAUAACCGAAAUGUCACCCCUACCUGGGAUCUUACACCAAAUAGCACACUAGUUUUUUUUUUCCUUUUUCCCUGUGGUUUCUAAAUCACUCACUUAAUGGGUCUAAGUUUACUACAAGACUUUUUCUUACCUAGGAUCCAAGCCAAUUCUAAGCCUUCUCACUUAAAGAAGCUUCAAGCUCUUAUAUAAGAACCCUCCAAACUAAGGACCCUCAAUUCGAUUACCACAUGCAGCACACAUGGUCUCUCUAUAAACUCUUUUUUGUCUACAUGUUCUCUCAACACACUUUAUAUACAUUCAUCUUUAUACCGUACUAACUUAGACAUCAACGUGCAGAUCACAGGGGUCAUCUCUGCCUCUCUACAGAAUUCUUCCACACCUGAGAAGAUCCAACGAAGAAGGUCAAAAUCAGAGCCCAACAAUAUGUGGAUGCGAAAAUGAGAACCCAAAAACAGAUAAUAAUAAUAAUAAUAAUAAUAAUAAUAAUAAUAAUAAUAAUAAUAAUAAUGG